UAGUUUGACACAGAGAGACAGAAGUUGUGACAGUCCACACUCUUACACACACACACACACUGACAGGUCCACGGACGCAGGAUGAACGUAGCCUCCGCGGACACGAGCACUCUGUGUCUGUUUGAUGUGGACGGAACACUGACCGCCGCGAGACAGCGUGCGACUCCAGAAAUGGCCCAGUUCCUGCAGAAGUUGCGAACGCGUGUUCGAGUUGGAGUCGUUGGAGGAUCUGACCUUAACAAGAUCAUGGAGCAGCUGGGGGACGAUGUGAUCCAGGUAGUGGACUACGUCUUUGCUGAGAAUGGUCUGGUGGCCUACAGAUAUGGACAGUUGGUGUCUAUCCAGUCCAUCCAGGCUCAUAUGGGAGAGGAACUGCUGCAGGAUUUCAUCAACUUCUGUCUCAACUACAUGGCCAAGAUCAAACUGCCCAAGAAGAGGGGAACGUUUAUUGAAUUCCGUAAUGGCAUGUUGAACGUUUCCCCUAUCGGACGCAGCUGUACACAGGAAGAGAGGAAGGAAUUCUACGAGCUGGAUCAGAAAGAAAAAAUCCGUGAGACGUUUGUGUCCGUGUUAAAGGAAGAGUUCAAAGGACGAGGACUCUCGUUCUCCAUUGGAGGACAGAUCAGCUUUGACGUGUUUCCCGACGGCUGGGAUAAGAGAUACUGUCUGGGCAUCGUUGAGAAGGACAAGUACUCCACCAUCCACUUCUUUGGAGACAAAACCGAACCUGGAGGAAACGACCACGAGAUCUUCAGCGACCCACGAACCAUCGGCCAUGAAGUCACGUGUCCCGAGGAAACGCGACAAAUCUGCCAACAGCUGUUUUUCUCCUGAGAGACGAGGAAACGGACGACGGCGCUCAAAAAUAAUUUGGUCAUUUUCUGGUUCAUUUGUUUUUUUGGGGUUUUGUAAACGAUCAUGUGACUUUUUUUCAAACGUGGAUGAAUGUAUCAUGUGAUUCUGAUCAAAUGUAUUGUCAUAAAAAAAAAAAUCCUGGAUAAUGAGAAUGAGGUUUGUUACAAUGUAACAAUCUGUAAAUAUGUGAUUAUGAAAUAAAAUUUAAAUAAAACCUGUGGGAAUUGGUGCA